UUUAACCACUUUUUCAUGCCUUGCCUUAAUUAUUACAUUUUGUCACCUAUAUUUGCUUAAUUCCUAUUUGAUCUGCAUUUAACAAGCAAGAACUAUAAAUGGCAGAAAAAAAUGAAUCCAAUAAUAGUGAAGAUGGAAGGUGGACUCUUCAAGGGAAAACUGCACUUGUUACUGGAGGCACUAAAGGCAUAGGAUAAAUAAUGUAGGUACACAGAUGGGCAAGCCAGCUACAGAGUUCACUGAGGAGGAUUACUCUAUUAUCAUGAUAACCAAUUUUGAAGCUUCUUACCACAUCUCCCAAAUUGCACAUCCAAUUUUGAAGGCCUCAGAAAGUGGUAGCAUUGUCUUCAUCUCUUCUGUUGUUGGGUUUGUGGCAUUUCCAGCAAGUUCCAUCUAUUCAGCAAGUGAAGGAGCAAUAAAUCAACUUACAAGGAACUUGGCUUAUGAAUGGGCUAAAGAUAAUAUUCGAGUAAACGCAGUCGCACCUUGGAUUAUUAAAACACCCCUCACCGAAGUAAUAAAGAAAGAUCCAUUAAUUAAAGAACAUAUGAAAAAAAAUAUUAGUAGAACACCAAUUAGCAGAGCUGGAGAACCAAAAGAAGUUUCAGCAAUGGUGGCAUUUUUUUGUUUCCCUGCUGCUUCAUAUAUUACUGGUCAAGUUAUAUGUGUUGAUAGUGGACUCACAAUCAAUGGUUCUUAUUAAUUAUUUUAUUUUAUGUCUUGAAUAAUAAUAAUGUACUUGAAUUAUUUGUAAGAUGAACCUUUUAUUAAUUAGUUUAGAGCCCGUUUGGGUAGGCUUAAAAAAGAAGCUUUUAA